AAUUUUAAUGGGUGCCUCAAGACUGUCCAUAAUUUUAAUGGGUGCCUCGGGAUUGUCCAUAAUUUUAAUGGGUGCCUCGGGAUUGUCCAUAAUUUUAAUGGGUGCCUCAAGACUGUCCAUAAUUUUAAUGGGUGCCUCAAGACUGUCCAUAAUUUUAAUGGGUGCCUCAAGACUGUCCAUAAUUUUAAUGGGUGCAUCAAGACUACUGUCCAUAAUUUUAAUGGGUGCCUCAAGACUGUCCAUAAUUUUAAUGGGUGCCUCAAGACUGUCCAUAAUUUUAAUGGGUGCAUCAAGACUGUCC